AUGGCGCCUCCGCGAGCUUAUAUCUUCAUCGGCCUCAACAUCACACGUGUCCUAAGCAUCGUCGCUUUGAUCCUUAUCUUCGCGAGCAGCAUCGUCACCCUGGUGCAGGACAUCAAGGCCGUGAACAAGUUCAUUGCCGAGGGCAAGGAGGAGGUCAUUGCGUCGUCCGAUAACACCACCGUGACUGAUGAUUGCUCGCAUCUUGAUUACGUUCCGAAUAGUACGGUGCCCAACCAGACCGCAGGCGCAUUCUGGGCGGUGCUCAAUCGGAUAUUCAUCGUGUUCCAGGUUGUAGUGCUGUUGCUAUCGGAGAUCGGCUGGCCCGCCGCCUUUUUCAACCGUUACUUUCCUGUACUCGGUGAUGACUUUGGACUCGGCGCGCUAGGGGUGAUUCAGUGCUUAUUGGGUGCAGCUGUGCUGUCCCAUCAUGUUGACGAGUUCUCUCUCGUCUCGGGGUUCUUCCUGUUCUCGGUCGGUUGCCUCAACGCGCUACUUGGACUGGCGUUCCGUGAGAAAGCCAAGCCCGGGCGCGCACUGACGUCGUGGCGAGACGACGAUGUACUCCCGCGCACGUCUCUCCGCUCGGGCCCGCGCCCCUUCCUCGCUGCAAGCAGCACGGGGGGCAGCUCGUGGAACGAGAAGGAGGCAGAGGCGCACCGAACCGGAAGCUCUAGCAGCAAGUUCAGCGGGAAAGGGUUCGGCAGGCAAGGCGAAAAGGCGGCGAUGGCGCUAGGUGCGACAGUGGCUGUGCCACCAGAGUCGUUGCCUACGUACGUACCCCGGUCCGCCCACAGUCCUGCACCGACCUACAUCUCGCGUCCGUUGCGGAGAGUGAACUCCGACUCUGGACGGCAUACAUACGCCUCCACCAGGGAGCGCGCCGAGUCGGGCGUCAGUUACGCCGGCGACGGUCCGUCGGGGUCAGGAGGGGCGCGUGAGGUCUGA